CAUCAUUCCUGUCUAAAACUACUCUUUUCAUGUCAAAGAGGUUUCUCUCUUCAAGAACUUCAAGGCUUGCUGGUAAAAUCAUAAUGAUGUAAAGUAAACUGCUCCUCUCAUUGAUUGUAACCGUGUUUCCUGGGCUAAAAGUUAACAAGACUUUCAGAGAUCUCUUCCUCUACCAAUCCAGUGAAUGUUAAAGCACUAGUCUAUGGGCCACUGAACCAGGUUGAGCACCUUCAUAGAAACCUGGCUGGGAUGUCACAGAGUUUGAAGAGGGAGAACCGGAUUGUGUUUAAGUCACAAUUCAUGGACAAUAAAAUCCAUGGACUUCAUCUGUUUUGUACAUUUUUUUCCCCGUCCUACAAACCAAGUGUAACUUUGGGUGAAGUCUGGACCUCAACUUGUAGCUAUGACAUCUGACCUUGAUGUUGAUCAGCUAAUUCAAACCGAUGACUUCACUUGAAGUUGCUGUGGAUCAAAAUAAAAAUCAGCAACAAUCAGUGAGGGUGAGUUACUGAAUGUUUAGGAUGAAGUGGCGAUCCAUUCUACUAACCUUUGUCUUACUGACCCGCCGGUGUCACCAUGUCACCGGUGACUUUGCGGCCUCUGAUGAACGUCCAGACGUUGGACACGAUGAGGACGUACACCCCAAUACCUUCACAGAAAAUAACGGGGAUGUACUGGACAUGAACAUCCAAACAAGCAUGGAUGUAGCAGACACAGACUUUGACACAAACUGGGACACAAACAAAGACAACUAUGAGGACGCUGACUGGCAUCCUCUUCCCUUCCUCCUGGAAACACACUCCGACCUGUCAGCGAACUCCCCACCAUUCAUACGCAGCAGCGACACCGGUGUUAACGACAGAACCAACCAAAGCUUCAACCGGACUAUUGUCAGUUCAUCGACACAGUGCGGCGAGUACAGCAGCCAGCUGACGUCUAGUGGCCAGUGCCGGCUGAUGGCCACGCUGCCUCCGGUGCCGGUGGGAACGUCGCAGCAACGCUGCCCGGAUAUGUUCCGCUGCACAGACGACAUCUCAUAUUGGCUCCACGAGAACCAGAACAGAAAGGAGCAGCUAGAGGAGCUGAGGGAGACGAUGUCAGAGCUGCAGGAGGAGCUGAGGAACCACCGCCAUCGAGUCAAGUCCCUGGAGGUGCAGGGUGAAGAAAGAGUUAGUGUAGAGUCGCCCUUCGACCAGCGCCUGCAUUCUCUGGAGUUGCGUCACACCGAGGCCGACACGCUGCUCCUGGUGCAUGCGGCGCUGCUGUAUGAGCUGCAGACGCAGCUACGCAACCUCUCGGCCGCCGCCGCCGCGCAGCGCAUGAGCCGCAACACGGGCUGCGCCAUCAACGUCGUCAGAACGACGCCGCUGCUCGGCACGCGAGACACACUGCCACCAGAUGGGCCGCGCUUGUCUUUCUGUCCAUCCGACUGUGCGUCUCUGUAUUACAACGGUGUUCGUCAUUCCGGUGUUUACACCAUCAUCCAGUCGCCAGGCAUUGCCCUGCCCGUCUACUGCGACAUGGAGACCGAGGGCGGAGGCUGGACUGUGUUUCAGCGGCGGCGCGGCGGCCUGGUGAGUUUUAACCGCGGCUGGUCGGAGUACCGCGACGGCUUCGGCGAGCCACGAGAGGAACACUGGCUGGGCAACCAACAGCUCCACCUGCUGUCCAACCAGGGCCACUACAGCCUCCGCAUCGAGCUGCACGACUGGAGCCACGCCCACAAACAUGCCCUGUACCACAGCUUCAGGAUAGAGAACGAGGAGAACCGGUACCGCCUCCAUGUGUCUGGUUUCAGUGGAACGGUGGAGGAUUCGUUCGGUUGGUACCACGACCAGCACGACUUCAGCACGCCAGACACUGGCAACAUCUGUGCCGAGAUCAGCCACGCCGGCUGGUGGUUCCACCAGUGUUUCUACACCAACCUCAACGGCGUCUACUACAAGGGGGGGCGCUACUCUCUGAAAGCUCAGAACCUGCUCGGGCCGGAUGGCAUCGUCUGGUUCUCCUGGAAGGAGUCAGACUUCUACUCUCUGAAGGAGGUGACCAUGAUGAUGCGACCGUGCAACUUCAGGCCGCGCUUGUCGCCAUAGCUGAAGCCCUGCUUGCAGCUUUCUUAGGACUGCUAGCUGCCUCCAGGGGCUGCCAGAACUCCCACGUACCAAAUUAUGUAUUAAUACACUGCUGAAAAUAGUCCCCAACAAAUGCACUUUUUAUGCUGUAUGAGUAAACUAACUAUAACUGUAAGUACUUUGAUUUCUCAGCAUAUAUCCAGCGCCUUUAAUGUCACAUUUAGAGGCUCAUAAUCAUUACGGACUUCUUCUGCUUCGUCUGUUGCACCAGUAAAGACACUGAUGUCAAAGUGUUACGUCUACACCUUUAAGGGUCCAUGCACAGACCCUGGUUCACCCACAAUAAGUGAUUUCACUCUCUUUGGAUGAUUCGAGUGUAUCACAGGAGGGUGCAGACUGAUCCUCCCUCUCUUGGAAACUUUGUUGCACCUGUCAGGGUGGAGCAAUCUACAGCUUUAUCAUUCUUAUUGGUGCAUGGAGUCUGCUGACUGCACAAAAUUCCCCGCAAAGCUCUCUUUAGCUUCCACCUGAGCAGAGGUCUUAUAAGCAAGCAUAUGUGCAUUUUAAUACAGAACUUUUAAAACACUCCUUGUGCUUUU